AUGGCUACAGCGGGUUUUCUGCGCGCACUGAUGGUUUUUGGCUCUCUGGAAGUGUCAAAUCUUGCGUCGGCUGGUCUUCACGGCGACCCGCUUUUGUUCAGGGCUGAAUUGGGGAAGAUCCAGCGGUUCAGAGUGCUCUGUGUUGACCAGUUUCGGAACUUGAUCUUGACAUCCCGUCAAGCAAAUGAUUCCGAAAACGCAGUGGUGAGACAAUGCUUUUGUUCUUAUACUUGGGUGAUCUCAUCUGCGGUUAACCCAGUACACAACACUUCCAUACUGAUGUUCGAUGGGGCUGCCCACUCUUCAUUGCGGCAAGGGAUCAUGUAUGAAGAAAUACCGUUCCUUCAAGACUUCAACGUGACUCUGGUGGUCCACAUCAUCUUCACGGGCCACACAGACUGCCAAGCGAUAUUCCGGCAAAACCUCGAAAAGACCUUACAUUGUCCUCCAACAGUAAGGUUUGAAGCCGAGCUACUGUGGGCGUCUUAG